CCUCCGUACCACAAUGGCGUCUGCUGAUCUGAGGGCCGAGCUGGACUGCUCCAUCUGCCUGAGCCUCUAUACAGAUCCCGUAUCCCUGAGAUGUGGACACUACUUCUGCCGCUCGUGUAUUGUGAGUGCGCUGGAUGCGCAGGAGGCAGCUGGAGUGUAUUCCUGUCCUGACUGCAGAGCAGAAUAUCCGGAGCGUCCGGCCCUGGAGAAGAACAGGAAGCUGGGGAACAUAGUGGAGCGUUUCUUAUCUGCCAGCCUGAUUAUGGAGGAGACCGGGAUCUUCUGUACUUACUGUACUAAGUCUACUGUACCGGCUGUGAGGACAUGUCUUCUGUGUGAGGCAUCGUUCUGUGGAGAACACUUGAGUAGACACAGUAAGUCAUCAGAACAUACUUUGGUUGAACCCACUGCCACCCUGAAGGAAAGAAAAUGCUCCACACACAAGGAGGUGCUGAAAUACUAUUGUCCUAUAGACGCCACCUGUAUCUGUGUAUCCUGCUGUCUGGUUGGUGAGCACAGGGGACAUGACGUGGAGCUACUGGACGUGGCCUCUGAGAAGGAGAAAGAGAAGCUGAGGAAAUAUCUGGAGGAACUAAACCCACUAAAAGCAGAAAUUCAGACUAAACUUCAGAAUCUGCAGGAUCAUCGGAGGAAUAUCCAGGAGAAAGCUUCUGAUCAGAGGAAGAAGGUCAGGAAGUUAUUUAUGGACAUUAAGAAGCAACUGGAAAUGGCAGAAAAGAAAGCGCUGAGCGAGAUCUCCAGGCAGGAGGAGAAGAUUGUGUCCCAGAUAUCUGAUCUGAUCAAGAAGCUGGAAAUAGAGGAUGACGAGCUGUCCAGGAAGAUGCAUCAUGUGGAGGAGAUGUGUCAUGUCACCGACCCAAUAAGACUCCUACAAGAAAGUGACAUUACAGUAUGUGGUCAUGGAGAUGAGGACACAGGGGGAGAUGGUGGAGAGGGCAGGUCUGAGGAUGAUCUGGAUGAGGUUCUGAUCUCACUGACCUUACACCGAUCUAUGAGGGAUAUUGUCACCAAUGUCACAUCAGAGCUCGGGCUCCAUGUUCCAGACAUAUUGCUGGAUGAGGACACUGCUAAUAGACGUGUGAAGAUAUCAGAAGAUCGGAAAACAGGAACAGAAGAAGAAGAUGAAGAGAAGGAAGAAGAUGAAGAAGAACAGAACAGACCAGAAUCAUCAGGAAGGUUCCUGUAUUAUCCCCAGGUGUUAAGCAGAUUUGGACUCUCCUCAGGAAGACAUUACUGGGAGGUAGAGUGGAACCAGAUAGGAACAUGUGGCAUCGGACUGUCCUAUCCCAGUAUAGAAAGGAAAGGAGAUGAGUCUGGUAUUGGAUAUAAUGAUAAAUCUUGGUGUCUGGAUAUGUCUGGUGCAGAAUGUGCAGCGUAACACCGCUCAGUCACAUCCCCCCUCAGUGUAGAUACAACAUGUCCUAGACUUGGGGUCUUCUUAGACUAUGAGGCCGGGCGUCUGUCGUCCUAUCAGCUGUGUGACCCCAUCAGACACUUACACACCUUCACCGCCUCCUUCUCUCAACCCCUACAUGUUGUCUUCUGGUUGUGUCCUGGAGCCUCUGUUAGAAUAAUAAGCUGAGGCCGAUGCGUCCACGUCCCGUUAUAAUCUCCGCCUAUAAGUCACUAUAUAGCGCUGUAUGGGCGGAGCCUCCGAUCACACAAUGUAUAUGACGGCUCUAUGGGGGGGGGGGGUUACUGUACGAUAAUUUUAUAUUCCUUGGAGAUCAGAUCCAGAAUCGAUGCUUGAGACAAAUGAAAAGUUACGUCGUCUGCACACGAGUUAGGGUGAACGCACAUCAGACCCGCAGCGUAUCCGCACCAGUACCUGCAAUGUGUGAUUACGGCCGGUGGAUUGUCCGUGCGGAUUUUUCCCUUUACAAUGCAGAGGGGGAGAUCUGGGGAAAUCCGUGUCAGGAUCUGCAGGUAACAGGUGUGGAUCCUGGAGCGGAGAUACACCGCCGAGUGCUCGUACCUCAUGGGGGCAUCAUUAACCCUUCCCCGUCCUCCACUGAUGUCGCUGUAGGGGCUUCUUUAUGUUUCGGGGACACAUUUGGGGAACAUAUAAUUAUUAAUCAGCUUUUCCUAUUUCUGUAGAGAUGUGACAAUGUGACGCUUCUUUCCGCACUAUACGCGGCAUUUGUUGUGUUUUUUCCCUUUUUAUGGAAUAAAUGUCUGACUACUUCUGUCCAUCAGAGUUGUCGGUCCUGUCA